AUGCAAGUCUCGUCAGAAGGUCCGCUAGAGAACUCUACCAUUGAGGCCGCCAAGGAAGUCAGAGUUAGGCGGAUACUGGAUGCAGAGAUGCAGCUUGCCGAAGACCCGGAUGCCAUCCUUGAGAUGGCCGAAGAACAACUCAACGAGGCAGAUAAUACUCCGUUGCAUGGUCUAGUUCAAAGCCCAUCACGUAUGCCUGGUGGCUCUAGUAUGCGAAAUAUCGUAUCUGAACCCGUAUUCAAAACACGAAUGCAAUUGCUGAAUGGCGGUCGCUAUUAUAAUGGAUGCAGAAGGCAAAACCUGAGAGUCGAUAUAUACCUGCCGAUGAACAUCAUUGCUACUAUCAACGUUAACAAAUAUCCACAACACCGUCUCCUGGUUCGAGCAGAACUCAAACAACCCGGCGAAAGACAUCCCAAUUGUUGGGCUCGAAAUGUUUUGGAUAGCGAUGCAGGCGCUCGUCUUGCGAUUACCAUUACCAGAGAAGAAGGCGACCAUUUCAUUACUGUUUAUGCAACCAACAAUGGAUACUGGGCGCCAUACAAAGCCAACACAUUUGUGGAUUGGCUGAACGGCAUGGGUUACGUACAGAUCAGCCAGACACCGAGAAGAUACCUGCAUUUCCAACCGCACUUAUUAGAAGGUUUACCUGAGGAGCUGAUGUACUUUGUGAAUGGGGGCUACAUUGACGAUAAAGGGGUUAAAUUCAAGAAUGAGUCCGAGAGGGAGAGCAGAACUUACUUAACCCUAUGGAUUGACUCUCAGCCAGACCGCUAG